AUGACCAGCGUAGCAUCCAACAAAACAUUAGAAAUGGACGAGGACAGUUUUGUGCCUUAUGUCCCUGUCAAGAAGCGGAGAGAAGCACGUUUGGCGACAAUUAUUGGAUCCUCUUCUACCAGUGCUGCACAGUCCCAGGCUGCUCAACGUGCUCGAGAGCGCCUCGAACGCGAGGAAGCUCUCGACGAGGAACGGGAGGAAGAACGUCGUCGUGAGCGGGAGCGCAGAGAGCGCACAUUACUCGUCGAAGCUCAGGAAGUCCAUCGGAGACGAGCAGAGGAAGAAUCGAAGAAGACAGAGAUAGAGAAAGAAGGCGAAAAGGAAGAAGAAAUAUUUAAGGCUAUUCAGAAUCGAAAGAAGUUGAUGAGCGACCGGGAAUUGGCGAAGGACGUACAUUAUACCGAGCCAUUAAAGACUUCAUGGCGACCACCACACUGGAUACGUGAACAGUCAGAGAGAGACUUUGACCGAUUACGAGAUAAGUACCACAUCCAAGUGGAUGGUGAAGACAUCCCGCCUCCUAUAGAGACCUUUUCUGACAUGAAGAUCCCCUCUCCCCUGCUCAAAUUCUUUAAGUCUAAAGGCAUCAAGAAGCCGACUCCCAUCCAAAUUCAAGGUCUCACCACCGCGUUCGCGGGGCGUGAUAUGAUUGGCAUCGCCUUCACCGGGUCCGGCAAGACUCUCGUCUUCUGUCUACCCUUAAUCAUGCUCGCCAUGGAGGAGGAGAAAAAGCUGCCAUUCGUCCGGGGCGAGGGUCCGGUCGGGAUCAUCCUCUGUCCGUCUCGUGAGCUCGCGAAUCAAACAUACGAGAACGUUAUAGCUUGGACUAAAGCAUUGGAGGAGGGCGGCUAUCCACGGGUGAACACCCUUUUAUGCAUGGGUGGAAUCAGCAUGGCGGACCAGAGUCAUGUCAUGCAACGAGGCAUACAUAUCGUGGUGGCUACUCCGGGCAGGCUGAUCGACAUGCUGGAGAAAAAGCGGUUCACCCUGGAGGCGUGCAAGUAUUUAUGCAUGGAUGAAGCGGAUCGGAUGAUCGAUCUGGGAUUUGAGGACGAUGUGCGAACUAUUAUGUCGUUCUUUACUCACCAACGGCAAACACUCCUGUUCUCCGCGACCAUGCCACGCAAGAUACAAGACUUUGCGAAGGAGUCGCUCAUCCAACCAAUUCUGGUGAACGUGGGCCGCGCGGGUGCUGCAAACCUCGAUGUACUGCAAGUGGUCGAAUACGUGAAGCAAGAAGCGAAGAUGAUCUACCUUCUCGAGUGCCUUCAGAAGACAUCACCACCCGUAAUCAUCUUCAGUGACAACAAAAACGAAGUGGACGAUAUCCAGGAGUACCUCCUACUUAAGGGUGUCGAGGCUGUUGCGAUCCACGGCUCGAAAAGCCAGGAAGCACGACAAUACGCUAUCCGCGCAUUCAAAGAGGGGAAGAAGGAUGUCAUGGUCGCCUCUGGCGUAGCAUCCAAGGGACUCGACUUCAACGAUAUUCAGCACGUUAUCAACUUUACCAUGCCGAAGGAGAUAGAGGAUUACGUGCACCAGAUUGGUCGUACCGGGCGUUCGGGAAAAACGGGCAUUGCCACUACGUUUGUCAACAUGAGCACGCCGGAGCAGACUCUGCUCGAUUUGAAGUACCUGCUUAUGGAAGCGGGACAGAAGAUACCCCCGUUCUUGCAGAGCGUCGAGGAUCCCCGCGCGGCUCAAGGUGGGAACCUCAGAGGAUGCCCUGUCUGCGGCGGGCUGGGACACGGGAUCUCAAACUGCCCCAAGCUCGAGGAAGAGCAGAGGCGGAAGAUGGCCAGUCAGAGAGGAGGAGGGGAUGCUGGCGGUGGUGGAUUCUAAGAGGAUGUAUUUCUGGAGUUUGUUGUACGUUUG